UUCCUGUUUUUGUGGUGCGACCAUUGUGGCGGGGCGUUAUCAGUCGGGUCCUUGCGUGGAUGUGAGAGGUCAAUGCGAGGAUUGCAGGCCAGGCUGUCGCCGUGUCACACUGUGACCUCGCAUUUUGUGUGUUCUCUCUCAUUACUUACGCCGCCUCGCAGCCUCAACGGAAACGCAGGUUGAUUCAUCGGCCGGCCAUCAUUUGCAUUUCCUUCUCAGCCAUGCCGCCAUCAACCGUCAGCAGCUCACGUCAGACCUUUUAAGGGGGCACGUCAAGUACUGGGAAUGUGUAACAGUUCACAUUUCAUCACCCCCCUUACACGUGCUUUGCUUCAGUUUGGACUGACUUAGCGGAAGUGAACUUAAAUAAAUCCAUGUCUGGCGAUGCGUGUGUAUAUGUGUAUUAUAUAUAUCGCAGGUCCCUUUGGAACAUGACUAUACUUACAUAGCAGCUGCACGCCUCAGACAGGGCAGAGUUCGAAGGUCAAAGCCCAGAGAGGGAGGAGGGAGCAGCAGGACAACAAAGGUCAAAACUUUAAUUGGGGCGAGAAGCAGGUCGAUGCCUGAUUCCACGCUCUUCGGUUCAGUCACAGAGAGAAGGACUGCUGUGUAGUGUUUGUGUUUGUUUAGUUGCCAUCUGUUAACAUGGCGGACUGCUGGGAGGACAGUUCGAGUGGUGGUGUCCUUGUUUGUUCGUCAGGUUCCCGUUGUUUUGAAGCGCACAACACGCGGAGUUCGCUCUCUCCUUCGUCUUGAGACCUCAGCUCACCUUCAGCAGAGAGGAUAACGUUAGCCAGUACACAGCAACCAUGACCAUCCCAACACUUGCAGCACUGGACACAGUGAAGCAGUGGUACAAUCAGACAAUGUCUCAAGCAGAUCCCCGCGUGAGUGACUUCCCCUUGAUGAGGGGUCCAGAGAGUCUUGCUGCUGUCAUUGGUCUCUACCUGCUGGCAGUUUCCCAGGGCCCACGUCUGAUGGCCAGCUACAAGCCAUUCCAGCUCAACCGCCUGCUUGUUGUUUACAAUCUUGCCAUGGUUGCCUUGGCAACGUACAUCUUUACAAUGUGCACAAUCAUAAUGGUUGGCGAUGGUCACAGCUUUAUCUGCAAAACUGUUAAUGAGACACUGAAUGGGAGUCAUGGUGGUUUGACUUUUAGUGCAGGAUGGUGGUUUAUGUUCAUGAAAAUAUUGGAAUUUGCUGAUACGAUUUUCUUCAUUUUGAGGAAGAAGUUCGGUCAUGUUUCCUUUUUACAUGUCUACCACCAUUCCACGAUGGCAGUAAUUUCAUGGAUAGGCUUCAAGUUUGUACCAGGAGGACAAACUAUCGUCUAUCCAUUUGUAAACUCUUUCAUCCAUAUUAUCAUGUACACUUACUAUGCACUGGCUGCAAUGGGACCACAAGUACAGAAGUACCUCUGGUGGAAGCGCUACCUCACUAUAAUGCAGAUUUCCCAGUUUGUGUUUCUUUUGGCACAAACACUCACCAACGCACUGUCUGAAUGUGACUUCCCCAAAAUCUUCUCCUACACAGUUUUCUUCUAUGCCUCGACCAUCCUUCUACUAUUUAUCAACUUUUAUCGCAAGGCAUACUUGAGCAAGGACAAAAGCCAGUGAUAUACAAAUAUGACAUAGAUAAAAUGAAAUGCUAGUAUUUUAUAAAUCUCUUUAUGAUGUGUAUGAGUACGCAGUCAAGUUGUUGCAGUCUGCAGUUGUGAUUAACAGCAAUGUUUUUCUUUAUUGCAAGAAAUGUUUGUCCUUGUGAAAAGUUACCAUGAUAAGCUGAAACAGUGUGAUUUAAUAUCUUAUUGAGAGAUACGCCACAAUGGCUGAAAAAUUCCAGGUCCGAAGGAGACCACUUUAUAGAAACUUUUUAAAGUCAUUUUUUUCUGCUGUGGCACGUGGAAGGAUUUUUCAAGAAGCUUGAUGUGUAUGGGUUUUUAUGAACUGCUUUUAUUUUUUAAAUCAGAAAGUUCUCAGAUUUUUUGUUGCCAUUCUAUGGUAUUAGCAUGAAUAAUAAUUUGUGGUUCUUUUAGAUAUGCAGGCUAUAUCUUACAUUUCAAAGAAAGCAGUCCAAGGUGAAAUAGGAUUUUUGCCCAUUGCUAUUUUUUUCGAAUUCUUUUCAUACAAGAACAAUUUUUUCUUAAGAUUUGGUAGCUAUUGAAUUUAUAGCUUCUUGCACUUGUGAAAUUGUCCAUAUAUUUACAAACUAGUACAUUAGUUUACUAUUUGUUAAGUUUUUGUAUUUUGCUGUCCUCUGCAUUAUCCAUAUCAUUCCUUAUAUGAAGAAUCAACUUAUGAAAGAAAAAUCCUUGCAGCUGGACAAACCGUUGAACUUAUGUACAAUUUAAAUACCAUAAAGAAAGCUGUAUGAGUUUCAGAUAUUUUUGGUUUGAAUGUAGGGUGACAAAGUGCGAUGUACUGUAGGUGUGCCUUUAUAAAUUAUGUUUUUUUGAGUGGAUGACUGAAGCUACAGCACCUUGUAUCAUUAUAUUUUGUUUCCAUCCAUAAUAAUAGCAUAUGUUUAGAAUGCAAUAUUACCAUGACAGCUAGAUAACAAGUAUAACCGUCCUAUAUUGAACCAAUCGAAAACAUGGUUAUCUCAGCUACUCAGUUUGACUCCUGCAGCAGAUUUAAUGAUCAUAUGUGUGUUGCACGUAUUCUCAUAUGGCUCUGACUCUCCAUUGGGUGAAGCAUUCACAUCUGUUUGCCAGUAUGGACCUGCCAGCUUAUUCCACAUUUUUGCAUUUGUAUUAUUGUAAGAUUGCAGUCUUAAUUUUGGUCCUUCACUUCAAUCCACCGGAAAUGUAUUUUCAACACUCGAACAACCUCAAAUACCAGUGGUAAUAAGGCUGAGGAACUUGACCUAUUCUUUCCCUCCCCUAACGCUUAAAAAAAAAGUCACUGUGCUGUGUAACAGCAUAAAACUGAUCAGUCACUGAAAAUCAUUGUCUUCUACUUUUGCAUAAUUGAUUUUUGCAUUAUGGGUCUGAUUUGCUUGCUUGUGGUGCUAUGCUGAUGUUAAUAGCCUGCCUUGUUAGCCACAAUUUCUUUUGUUUAAGAAAGUUUCUCCUUCCAUACAUCCCUGGAAGGCUGUCUUAGUGACAGAACCGAACCAAACCAUUUAACAUCAAACAAUGGACAGGCCUCCAGAUGGGGGUCCAGCUUAAGAGGUGUGCCCCGCUAGCUCGUGCCUUUGUCGCUGCUUAGUCUCAUGUCCCCACAAUUGGUUUCAGUUAAGGGAUAGAGAUAUAUUAUUUUUGCAUUCAAAAGCUGUUAUUUCGAUCAAACUUCUACUUAAUCCUUUCUAAGAAAGGUAAUCUACUGGUUCUUGCUUCUCAUUUUUCGAAAUCUCAGUCAAGGUAAGUCAUCAGUGUAAAAAGACGACAAUAACAAUCAAUCUGCACAAUCUGAAUCCUGAAUGAAUCGACCAAGUUAAGCUCCUCAUAAAGUCUUAUGAUUUGGGAUGCUUGUUAACUUCUUAAUAUCAUUCUGUUUUCACUUUUCUUUUACUACAUUCUUUUUGUUGCCAUAAACCAUCCAUUGACUUGCAUGCUGAUGUACUCCAGGAGUUUCAUGCUGUUAUAUCACAAGGUGCUGCUUGAAUUUCCAAAUUGUUUUGCCACAUUUUCUUUAAUUGUAACAUUCACCCUUUAACUUGGUUACUUAAAUAAAUGAGCUUUUAUCACGUUUUCCAUUCAGAACGCCGUUUCAGAAAGUUCGUAAAUUUUUAUUUUAGAAUUUAUUAGGUUUUCAUGCUGUGCACUUAACACGGAUUCUGAAGCAUAAAAUUGCAAGGUAUGUAUGUUAUAUCUGAUUAUUGCUGAAGAAUAAUGCAUGUAUGGAUGUGUGUGUGUUGGUAAGGAAAAGGAUUGUCUGGAUCGUAUUCUAAUGUGUGUUGCACAAGCCUAUGCUUGUUGGGUGCUCAGAUUUGGGAGUUUGAUUUUGUUUGUUUUUUUCUUUUUGGUGAGGGAUUAAGACUGGGGGUUUUAUUUUAUUUUUCAAGCUGUUAUUUCUGGGAGUCAUCUUCCUCAAAAACAUUAAAACACAAGUAGAAAUCAAGAUACACUCAAAAGCAUAGGGCAGAUUAUAGUAUGGAGUCUUGUCAUCUGCUUCAUCUUUCUCCUUACAAUCACUCGUUACUCUGGCAGUUACUCAUGCCACACAAUAUUAUCCAGAUCUAGAAGUCCUUUAAUAACCAUGUGUUGUCUGGAGCAGCCAGGCAUUUGUAGCUGAGUGUUAAAACCUGUUGGAGAGGCAGAGACGGUAACAAUGCUUGCAAACUUGUUUACCAAGUUUAUAAUGCAUUAAAGUUCAAAAAAUUC